CCAUUGCGGUUCUACACAUGGACGUUCCAAGCAUAGCGAAGCAUGCAGCAAUUGAUCCAACAUGGCCGCUACAGUGUCUCAGUACUCCAACUCCACUUUUAAUCCCCCUCGUCCUUUCCCGUACGCGUGGUAUCUGUUUUGGCAGCAUGGCUUCUUCAGCUAAAAGACGAGCAGUUGGAAUGGGAGAAAAUCCCGUUGAUAGUGAGGAUAACAGCUCUGACGAGGGAUUGGAAGACGACGGUGAUUCAGGAGAGAAUGAGAGCGGAUCAGAAGAGGAGAUUAAUGAAGAGGUCAUUGUAGACUUCGAGGCCCAUACCAUUACUCACAAUGACUACAAUGGGGUGAAGAAACUCCUACAACAGCUGUUUCUGAAGGCUCAUGUCAAUACAUCCGAGUUGACCGAUCUCCUCAUCCAGCAGAAUCAUAUCGGAAGCGUCAUCAGGCAAGCAGAGGUGCCAGAGGACAGUGAUGAUGACGAGGAUCCAGCUGAUGAAGUGUUUGGUUUCAUCAGCAUGCUCAACCUCACUGAGAGAAAGGGUGUCCAGUGUGUGGAGGAGGUAAAGGAUCUGAUCCUGGGUCAAUGUGAGAAGAGUUGUCCCCAUAGUGUGACGGACGAUCUGGAGAAGGUCCUCAACGACACCAGUAAGCCUGUAGGACUGCUGCUCAGCGAGAGGUUCAUCAACGUGCCCCCACAGAUUGCCCUGCCCCUUCACAAACAGCUACAGGAGGAGAUGGCAGAAGCCCAGAGCAGCAACAAGCCCAGUGGGAAGUGUCAUUACUGUCUGAUGAUCUGCAAGACCUAUAAGGAUCCCUCCAAGACCAUCCCUGCCAGAGGAGCGCCGCCUAAAGAUGAGCUCACGUUCGUCAACGCAGAGGAGGAGUUCUUCUAUGAGCAAGCCACCAUGAAGUUCCACUACUCAGUGCAGGAGGAGACGGACAGUGUUCUGAGUGGGCGGUGGUCCUUCGACGACGUCCCCAUGAAGCCGCAGCGAACCGUGAUGCUCAUCCCAGCAGACAGGAUGUCAGCCAUCAUGGACAAGCUCAAAGAAUACCUGACCGUGUGACCAACCGUACUACGACACACACAGAAUAAACUCUGGUAAACCACAGGACUGAUGUCUUUUAAACAGCCCCUCGGGAUUAUUUUAUUUUUUGCAAAUGUAAAAUUCAAUACAAAACAUCGAAAGGAAGGGACCACUGGAAUCAUUUUUGUUAAGCGGAGAAUAAUGUCGUAACGGUUCCCUUUAGCCCAGUGGUUUUUAUCUAGCUGUUUUUAGAGAAAUGUAUAAUUUGACAAAAUAAAUCACGUUAGACAUUGGUCAUAGUUCAAAGCACUGUAUUUACAGAUUCAUGUAAACAUAGUGAUGUAUUAACAUUUCAGUACAAACAAUUUCUUCCAAAAUGAAGUUGUGCAUUUUUCUGUUAAGGAAUAUCAGAUGUUUUGAGUUCAAACUGAUUUGACUCUCUGGAUUCAUUUAUUGGGGUAUAUUCUGUUAGAAUAUAGGCUAAUUAUUUACUGUAAUAUCAAAUUACCAAGGCAGUUACCACCUGACUGAAUUAAAGAAAUGAAGAAUACUGUA